GGAAAAAGCUGUUCUGAGGAGCUUUUCUAAAAUUGCAGGAGUGCAGAGGAAUGCCUCAUCUGUUACCUUCACUGUGCAGACUGCCACUGGAGACCAAAAAAUGAGUAAGAUCCAUACUAUAGCACUACAGCUUCUGCAUCUUUUCUUAAACUAACAACAAACCUUCUGCAAAUGUCGCAGAGCAGCCUGAAAUGUGGUCAGCUAUCCUGAGGAGGUAUGAAUACAAGCAAGAGCGAGACAGUGAAAGAGCACCCAUUAAAACCCUCUAGAAGAUCUAUGCCAUGCCUUGCCCAGAGCCAAACACAUCCUCAGAGCCUGAGCAAGCAUUCAUCAUUUCUGCAGCCAAACCGUGUGCAGCCACAGCUCCAGCCCCAGCCUUUGAGUGCAGGGACGUCAGCAGCUGCAGUGGAUGUCGUGUCAGAACGAGCUAAAGUGGUGGAGACUUUGGAAAGCAACUUGCUUAAACUGUCUAAUACAGAAUACAGUGAUCCAUUUUCAGAUGUAGGCAAGGAAAAAGAUACAUACACAGAUGAUUCAGAACAUGGGAAUUAUGAUGCUCGUACAGAUCAGUCAUUGCUUAUUCAAAAUAAGCUCACCAGGCAGAAAACAGAACCUCGAACUAAAUCUUCUCUAAAGAGUGAUGCCAUGGCAUUAUCAGGACUCUUCUUCAAAGAUGGCAAAAAGCGCAUUGAUUACAUCUUGGUCUACAAGAAAUCAAGCCCACAGGUAGAGAAAAGAAGCACAUUUGAGAAGAAUUUGAGAGCAGAAGGGCUUAUGUUAGAACGGGAGCCAGCUGUUACCAACAGUGAUAUCAUGUUUGUUAAAAUUCACUGUCCGUGGGAGACAUUGUGCAAGUAUGCAGAAAGAAUGAACAUCAGGAUGCCUUUCAGGAAAAAAUGUUAUUACACUGACUGGAGGAGCAAAACCAUGGGCAGUUUGCAGAGGAACAUUAGAGAGCUGAAAAGCUGGUUGCCCAGAAAUCCCAUGAAGCUGGAUAAGGAGGCCCUCCCUGAUCUGGAGGAGACAGAUUGCUACACAGCCCCCUUCAGCCGCGCGCGCAUCCACCAUUUCACGAUAAACAACAAAGACAGCUUCUUCAGCAAUUCCACAAGAAGUAGAAUUGUGCAUCAUGUGCUACAGAGAACUAAGUAUGAAGAUGGAAAAUCCAAAAUGGGUAUUAAUAGGUUACUAAAUAAUGGCACAUAUGAAGCAGCAUUUCCACCACAUGAGGGAAGCCACAAAAGCAGGCAUCCCAUCAAAACACACGGAGCACAGAAUCACAGACACCUCUUGUAUGAGCGCUGGGCACGGUGGGGAAUGUGGUACAAAUACCAACCUCUUGAUUUAAUCAGGCGAUACUUUGGUGAAAAAAUUGGACUGUAUUUUGCCUGGCUGGGAUGGUAUACUGGAAUGCUUAUUCCUGCCGCCCUGGUUGGGCUCUUUGUUUUCCUCUAUGGAUUAUUUACAAUGGAUUCCAGCCAAGUAAGCAAAGAGAUCUGCGAGGCAAAUGAAACCGUUAUGUGCCCUAUGUGUGAACGCAAUUGCACACUACAAAAACUCAACGAAAGCUGCAUAUAUGCCAAGGUUACACAUUUGUUUGAUAACGGAGGGACUGUCUUCUUUGCAAUUUUCAUGGCAAUUUGGGCAACAGUCUUUCUGGAGUUUUGGAAAAGACGGAGAGCUGUAUUGACUUAUGAUUGGGACCUCAUAGACUGGGAAGAUGAAGAGGAAGAGCUGCGUCCCCAGUUUGAAGCUAAAUAUUCCCAAGUGGAAAGAGUAAAUCCCAUCACAGGAAAACCUGAACCUUUUCAGCCUUUCCCUGAUAAGCUCAGUCGACUGAUGGUGUCUGUCUCAGGAAUAUUCUUCAUGAUUUCACUGGUCCUUACUGCAGUGUUUGCAGUUGUGGUGUAUCGACUGGUAGCCAUGGAGCAGUUUGCUUCUUUCAAGUGGUAUUUCAUCAAGAAGUAUUGGCAGUUUGCAACAUCUGGCACUGGAGUCUGUAUUAAUUUUAUGAUCAUCAUGUCACUCAAUGUUGUGUAUGAAAAAGUUGCCUAUCUCCUGACAGAUUUAGAGCACCCUAGAACAGAAUCUGAGUGGGAAAACAGCUUUGCCUUGAAAAUGUUCCUCUUCCAGUUUGUCAACUUGAACAGCUCCAUCUUCUACAUCGCCUUUUUUCUUGGCAGAUUUGCAGGCCGCCCAGGAAAGUACAACAAGCUUUUUAACAGAUGGAGGCUGGAAGAGUGUCAUCCUAGUGGCUGCUUGAUAGAUCUGUGCUUACAAAUGGGAGUUAUUAUGGUGUUAAAACAAAUGUGGAACAACUUCAUGGAACUAGGCUAUCCUUUAUUACAGAAUUGGUGGUCACGACGCAAAAUGAAGAGAAGAGGGCAAUCAAUGGAGAAUAAAAUUUCUCUACCUCAAUGGGAAAAAGACUGGAAUCUGCAACCUAUGAAUCUCCAUGGUUUAAUGGACGAAUAUUUAGAGAUGGUUUUACAGUUUGGCUUUACCACCAUCUUUGUGGCUGCCUUCCCCCUGGCACCUCUCCUGGCACUGCUCAACAACAUCAUAGAAAUCAGAUUAGAUGCAUACAAGUUUGUCACUCAGUGGCGAAGACCCAUGCCUGCAAGAGCAACAGAUAUAGGUAUUUGGUAUGGAAUUCUGGAAGGAAUUGGAGUUCUGGCUGUCAUCACCAAUGCCUUUGUUAUUGCCAUUACUUCUGAUUACAUUCCACGUUUUGUCUAUGCAUACAAAUAUGGUCCCUGUACAGAUCAAGGGUACAGACAAGAAAAAUGCUUAAAAGGAUAUGUCAACAGCAGCUUGUCAGUAUUUGAUUUGAGUGAACUUGGGAUGGGAUACUCAGGAUACUGUCGGUACAGAGACUACAGAGCCCCACCAUGGAGUUCGACUCCAUAUGAAUUCACUUUGCAGUUUUGGCAUGUUCUGGCAGCACGGCUGGCCUUCAUCAUAGUGUUUGAGCAUCUUGUUUUUGGAAUAAAGUCUUUCAUUGCCUACCUAAUUCCAGACAUACCCAAAGACUUGUGUGACAGAAUGAGAAGAGAGAAAUACUUAGUCCAGGAAAUGAUGUAUGAGGCUGAACUGGAACAUUUGCAAAGAGAAAGGAAAAAGAAUGGGAAACAGUAUCACCAUGAAUGGCCUUAGUCACUACAAUGCUACAACAAAAACACUUUGGAAUUGGAGAGAGAAGUUGCAAAAUGAAGUCAAUCUGGCAUCCGUGUGAGAUUUGGUGAUGGUGUAUUUAUGUUCUUGCUAGGCAGUGCAAUUGCAUACUUUGGUGGGCACCGAGAAAUGGAUGUUUCCAGUGAUGUCAAUGAAAAGCCUUACCUGUAACUGGUCUGUGAUGAGCUCCAAUGAUAAUUGGCAUUCAGAAAUGUGCAGAGUAAAAAUCUGAACACUGUUUAAAAAAAGGCAAUGGGUUUUUCGUGCUGUUUAUGAACAUACUAUCAGCAUGAUGAAAACAGAAAAUUACCUGUGAACCUAUAGAGUAAGGGCAUGACUAAAACCAACUUACGUGAUAUCCACUACUUCUACAGCUUCUGAUUGCUCAGCUCCAUCUGUAAUGCCUCUGAAGAAAAGAGCAAUUGUUGCCUUUGUGGCCAUGACUUGAUCUUUAAGGCUUACUGUUUUGUCAGGUUUGUCCUAGUCUCUUGUUGAGAUUGUGGAUGUGGUCCUACCCUAAAAAAGGGGUCUGUGGCUGCUAAAUAUAUACUAUGCAGUUUAAAAUUUGCACAUUAGUGUCAUUAAUUUAUACAUCUAGUUGAAAACCAAAAAGUCCAAAUUCAGAAAGAAAACAGCAGCACCAGGAGAAGGUAAUUUUCUAUUUGAAAAUUACACAGCUGUUGAGUUGUCCUUGCACUUUUCUGUGUGAAAGGCCAUCUCCACACGCUUCCAGCAUGAAAGAACUGUCAUUUUCAUGCUAACUGUGUUACUGUUCCUCUUGAUCUGCCUGGGCAAUGAUUCCAUGACUUCACAGAGUGCUAACUUGAAAUACUCCCAUGCAGUGCAAAUUACUUUCUCUUCAUAUACAAUUAUAUCUUUAUAGUAUGCAAGCUUCUGCCAAUAUAUUUGAGACACACAGUAUAGUAUUGUGGCUUGCUUUUUCAGGGAAGGAGAAGAGGAGGAAUUUGUAACAAGGUUCUUCUUGUAACAGUAAAUAUUGCAGUAAUGUACACUUCUUUUAUUGGCCUAAAUAUGUCAUAACAUUGGAGCUGGAUACAGGCAAAUAUGUAUACAGAUUGUAUAUAAAUGCAUACACACACGGUAUUUACUAUUAUUAUUAUUAGUAGUAGUAUGCCUUCUUACACUUGGGGUGGAUUUUUUGAUAAAAUCACUAAAAAAGUGGAUGUUCAUUGAAGAAUCAAAUUUCAGUUUUUAUGUGCAAACAGCAUACUGCAGUGUUUCUUGUGGUUAAUAGUCACAUUUUGGUGAUGAAAUUGUCUGUUACUAUAAUACUAUAUAAUACAGGAAAAGCACUUAAUGUUUAAACAAAUUUAAGGGAUACCUUGAAGGGAAGGGAAUGGAUAAACAGAGUUACAGUGGUUCUGUUUCUCUCCUACAGUUUUAAAUAAUGCUUUUCUGUAUUGGAUGAGAAAAUCUAAAAAACAAAGAGUCAGCAAAGCACAAUAGCUACAAAGUCUACAAAUUUUGACAUUAUAUUUAGGGAUAAAGCUGCAGCAAAAUCACUGCUGGCAGAUAUGAAAAGACCUGAAUUUUUGCUAUUUACAUUAAUCUUGUGUAAUUAAAAAGUGUGAUUUUAGUAUUCACUUGCAUUUAUUAUCACAAUAAUUUUAUUUUAUUUCACUGAAAUUAAUUUCAAGAGUCAAGAGCCCAUCAAAGUAGGUAAAUAGGAUCUGUUGUAUCCAGAGAGCCUAACAUCAGACUUUCAAGUUCUUCAGUUGUUUCACCGCAUUCAUGAGCUUUCUUGAUUAAUUUCAGUUCUGUUACCAGACAAGGCACUUGUAGGAGUAUCUAUAGUACGGCAUAAAAGGAGGAAGGAAAUUUGAAGAUCAGGCCCAAUCAGGUAUAUUACCCAUUCAUUCUGUGAUAAAGGGCGGAUGGAACGCAGCUUGCCAUCUUUUGGAAAGGCUGUUUUGUUCCUUCAUCUUCUGGGUUGUGCAUUAAAUUCCUCAGAAGUCAUUAUCAGAAAAAAUUACUGCACUCUUCUUCAGUGCUAAUACAGUCACGAGGUUUGAUUUAAUUUAUUGUUUCUUUGUCUCAUUCUGUGGACUGUCACGCACUGUUUGACAGCAGUAACCGUGUUUCACAGUUUUUAUUUGUGUGCCAGUUUGUGAUAAAAAUUGAAUGCUACAGAAGGCCACAAAUGAGCUCAUUGUAAUAUUUUCUCUAAAAACAAAAUGUCUUGGCUGGCCCAAGUUACAAAGAUACAGAGUAAAAUCAGGCAAAAAUCAGAAACAUUAUUUUAUACUUUUCUGGUUUUGCUGUUGAUAUUGGCAUGUGUCAAUACAUACCAAGGCAAAUUCCAGUGGGACUUCAAAAACCACAUUAAACAAUCUUUUUGUAUUUGAGAUUUACAUUUAUAUAUAUUAUUAAUUUUUUUCAACACUGGGAUAUAAGAACGUAUGAAAGGCAAGUAUGUAGAUCUGACAUGGUGUAUUUUAUGCACUGGGAAAGGACAAAAAGCUUGGAGAAACACUCUGUAUGUCCUUUACUUUUGGAGGACAUCAACUGUCUAGCCAUUUGGUUAAGCAGAGAAACCUUUUUGCUGGACUUUGCUCAGUAUGCUGUUUUCAUUGACUGCACGUUAUUUUCCUAAAUAAUAAGGCACACACUGUCCUCAGGAAUAAUGUAUUUUUUGAAUGGUGAAUGAUCUUUUAAUAUUUUAAAUAUUGUCUUUUCAAACAAAUGACUAAUAUGACUAGACUGUGCAUGCAGGCUGCAUUUGUGAAAUUUGACAAAGCUUUAGAACCUCAGUUUGUGCAAAAAUGCUUUAGAUCAUUGCAGAUCUAAUCUAUGGAAAGUUUGCUCUAUGCAUGCGCCCUUAGAGACACUGCAUGAGCAACUGGAUUUUUUUAUAUAUGAAGUAUUUGUUCAAAAUGUGUUAAUUAUUCUUAACCAAAUUCUGCAUCUUGAUUCAGACAAAAAAUAUUUCUAUUUCAGGAAUGGCACAAAGUCCAGAUACAUGAGAUGCACCUAAUUUCUUACAACUUUUUAUUCUUAAUUUGUGCCUAAUGUAUGAGAUAUGAAUUUUGAUGAAUAAAAAAAGGAAGAUAAGAAUUCUA